AUGGGAAAGAAAAAGAAGGGAAAUGAGAAACCCUAUUGUUGGUACUGUGAAAGAACAUUUGAAGAUGAAAAGAUUCUGAUUCAACAUCAGAAAGCGCGUCACUUUAAGUGUCCUCAUUGCAAUAGAAAGUUAGCAUCUGCCAGUGGAAUGGUUGUUCACGUUCAAACAGUACAUAAAGAAGUUUUAACAAAAGUACCAAAUUCAAAACCAGGUAGAGAUAGUGUUGAAUAUGAAAUCUAUGGUAUGGAAGGUAUACCCGAUGAAGAUGAAGAAGGUAGACCAGAGAAGAAGACAAAGAUGAAUCAUCAACAACAACACCAACAACAACCACAUCACCAUCACCAACAUCCACAUCAACAACAACCACCACAGAAUUUUAAUCCACAAUUUAGAGGUGCACCUCCUCCUCCAGGAAGUACACCAUAUGGAAUGCCACAUUUACCCAAUAUGCCAAAUCCAUGGAUGCCGAAUCCAUAUAAUUAUUCAAUGCCUCCACCACCACCAGGAGGUAUGUUACCAAACCAACCAAUACAAUUCCCAAUCAAUCCAAUUAUGAAGUUCCCUCCGAUGUUUAAAUUACCACCUGGACCUGGUAUGCCAGGACAUAUGCAACCCGGUAUAUUACCACCACCACCACCACCCAAUGGAGCACCACCUCCACCACCUCCACCAACUUCAUCACCACCACCACCACCUCCACCAUCAUCUUCACCACCACCUCCACCACCACCCUCAUCUUCGCCACCACCUCCACCACCAACAACAACCUCAUCCAACGGUACCACAAAUAACAAUGAUAUUCCGCCACCUCCACCACCUUUAUCUUCACCACCAUCAUCUCAAACAAACAACAGCAAUGGAUUUAAUGCAACAACUGGUACUACUACUACUACAACUAUAUCUUCAAAACCAACAACCAUAGUAAAAGCAGCACCAGCAGUGAUUGCCACUCACAAUCAAGUACCAGGAACACACUUGGUAUAUACAGAUGAUCUUAUUUCAAUGGAGGAGAAAAGAGCACAACUACCAAGAUACACAGUGAAACAAGAAGUUCAUUAA